CCUGCAGCCCCGCGGCCAGGCCGCGCCCAGCCCCGCGAAGACAGCACCAGGAGGCGGCUCCGAGCGCGGCCACAAAGACCCCCGGCGGCGUUUCUCCGCGGACCGGUUCAACUUUAACUCCGGCAUGUCCUUCGGCAGAGACAUGGAGCUGGAGCACUUCGAUGAAAGGGAUAAGGCGCAGAGAUACAGCCGCGGGUCGCGGGUGAACGGGCUGCCCAGCCCCACGCACAGCGCCCACUGCAGCUUCUACCGAACCCGCACGCUGCAGACCCUCAGCUCCGAGAAGAAGGCCAAGAAAGUUCGUUUCUAUCGAAACGGAGAUCGAUACUUCAAAGGGAUUGUGUAUGCCAUCUCCCCAGACCGAUUCCGAUCUUUUGAGGCCCUGCUGGCUGAUUUGACCCGAACUCUGUCGGAUAACGUGAAUUUGCCCCAGGGGGUGAGAACAAUCUACACCAUUGAUGGGCUCAAGAAGAUUUCCAGCCUGGACCAGCUGCUGGAAGGAGAGAGUUAUGUGUGUGGCUCAAUAGAGCCCUUCAAGAAGCUGGAGUACACCAAAAACGUGAACCCCAACUGGUCCGUGAACGUCAAGACCACCUCUGCUUCGCGGGCGGUGUCCUCGCUGGCCACCGCCAAAGGGAGCCCUUCGGAGGUGCGGGAGAAUAAGGAUUUCAUUCGGCCCAAGCUGGUCACCAUCAUCAGAAGUGGGGUGAAGCCGCGGAAAGCUGUCAGGAUUCUGCUGAACAAGAAGACGGCUCACUCCUUUGAGCAGGUUCUCACUGACAUCACCGAUGCCAUCAAGCUGGACUCGGGAGUGGUGAAACGCCUCUACACCCUGGAUGGGAAGCAGGUGAUGUGCCUUCAGGACUUCUUUGGUGACGAUGACAUUUUUAUUGCAUGUGGACCGGAGAAGUUCCGUUACCAGGAUGAUUUCUUGCUAGAUGAAAGUGAAUGUCGGGUGGUGAAGUCCACUUCUUACACCAAAAUAGCUUCGUCAUCCCGCAGGAGCACCACCAAGAGCCCAGGACCUUCCCGGCGCAGCAAGUCCCCAGCCUCGAGCAGCUCAGUUAAUGGAACCCCUGGUAGUCAGCUCUCUACUCCACGCUCGGGCAAGUCUCCAAGCCCAUCACCCACCAGCCCUGGAAGCCUGCGGAAGCAGAGGGACCUGUAUCGCCCCCUCUCUUCGGAUGAUUUGGAUUCAGUAGGAGACUCAGUGUAAAAGAGAAAAUGGAGCGGUGUAUAUGGUUUGUGGUUGGGUGAAGGUUUCACGUUUCCUAAGCGAAAGUCUAACAGCAAAAUACACAAAAGAGUUUUGCAUACCUUGAAAUUAUGAAGCCUAAAUCAUAUCAAAGGAAAUAUCCAGGCAUUUUAUAUUAAUCCUUGAAAGAGAUUUUUUUUUAUAUCUCCUACGUUGAUUUGACUGAGGGAGCUUGGACACAAGCUGGCUCAGUUGGUGAGGUUUUUGUGCCAGGCCUGGCUGUAGAUGGAUUUCAUUUAUGGGCUCAAUCUUAGUCUCAGAACAUGCUGAUGGUGUAGCGAGACAGUCAUAAUUUCUGUAGAUGGGGUUUUCAUUUUGAUCAUAAGUAAACAUAUAGAUACAAAUUUUCUGUACAAUUCUGUACAGAUUUUCUGGCUGAGCAGAUUAAAAUGCCACUAGCAGACAUUUUUUUGUAAAGUUAUAGUCUUCUUAAACUUUACAUUGCUGCCUUUAAAGUACUUUUAUUGCAAAAUAAUCAAAAUAUUCAGGUAGGGAUCUUCUUCUUCCUAGACAAUAUUCAGAGCUACUUGUCAUUUUGUAGGUUAGUAUAGGUGAGGAAAAACACCCACGUCAAAGACAUAUCUCAUGGAGACUCUUUUGGUAAGCAUAGGAACUUUCCUUAUUUUUGUUGUAAAAAGUAAAUUUUACUCUUUGAACUUAUCUUUCAUUGAAAACAGCAUAAGUAUAGCUUAAACAUGAAGAAUUUGUUCAAUGGCAUUGCUAUAAAUUAUAUAAUUCCUCCCUCCAACCAUACAUAUAAUUUUUCAAAUAUGUAAAUGCUGAAGCUAGGAAGCUUUUUUAAAAAACAUACAGACCUAAAAAAUUGUGUCUGGACUUAUUCCAAAAAAACAAUUUGAAAAGCAAAAUUCUCUUAAAUGGUACCUACAUAAAUCAGGUCCCAAAUAUCCAAAUCUCUACUCUGAUAAAUCCUGGAUCUUACUGGUAUUUUGGAAAUUUUCAUAUGCAAAACUCCUUUGUGUUAAACUAUGUUAGUCUAUGAUUAUAACCUAUUGUUAAACAUUAACCUACUAAUUCUGCUUUCCUAGUCCUCUGUUUAAAAAUUAUAGUCAGCUUUGCUUAAACAUAAACAAUUAUUUUUAAUCUGAAUGUUAAGAACUAAUUUAAUGUGUAUGGUCUAUUGUAUUUAAGCCAUACCCUAGUGAUCAUUUAGUUUUACUAGUUCAAACACUAACAAUUUAAGACUUGUGUAGCAUGGUUUUGAUAUUUUACAGGCUUGACAUAUCUCAGUAGGUGAUAAAUUAAAAAUGUAUGAUGCCACUUGGAGGGUUUUACUUGGGGUUCUUUUUUCAAAUUUUACUUGAAGAUUGAAUUUAAAAACAAAAUGUUUGAUUCAAAAUGGAGAGAAUUUCAGUUGUCACAUACUGUUUUAAAUGUUAUCCAUUUAUCUCCUUGAUAAAUUGCUCAACUAUCAAAUUUUACCAUCUGGUUUAUAGUUACAUAUGUUACUAUCUCACUUUCCAAGUGAAUAAAAUAUUAUUCCAACCAUAAGAAGGAGAAGAAAAAAAACAGUACAGGCAACCUAACAGCAUUUGAAAACUUAGCCUUAUAAAAAUUAGUACCUCAUUAUCCUGUCUGUUGCAGAGAAAGACACUUCUCUGGCAGGUUAUUUGAGAACUGCAAACUGAACCAUUCCAUCUUGAAAGAACAGUUCAUAAUACCUGUUCCAGACUUCAGAUUUUAAAACUGUUUCCAAUAGAAAUGAACAGAGACUCCUGCUGAGAUCAAAAGGCUGCUUUGUUUUAGCUGAAACAGUAAACAUCUGUGAGGUUGCCUAUGCUGGUGUCUGUUCUAGUUAUGUCUUUGUAAGAUGCAUUACUUAAUACAGUUGAGUCCAUAAAAGAUUAGUAUGUAUUUGACUGAACUGUCAAAAAUGCAGAGAAAGCAGUGGAACAGUUAACCUAAAUCUGGUGGGGUCAGAUGGUCCAGAACAAAAAAUAAAUUCCAAUAAUUUUAACUUCCCUGAACUGUCAAUCUUAUGGACAACUACCGCUUCGAAAGGUCCAAUAAACGCUAUUUGUUCUGGAUAAGUGGCAGAUAUUGCCAAUUGAUAUGAAGCCCAGGGCUUUGUUUAGACAUGGCAAAAAGAAACUGGACUUGUACUAAUUGCCGAUAGAUAUCAUGGCCAACUUUCCAUUCAGGCAGUUCCGAGGGAAAUGCUAUUCCACAGCAUUCAAUCUUUUGAACAUAUGACUUUUAUUAAACGACUGUUCAGGGGCAAUAUAUAUCAUUUACUUUUGAAACUAAAAUCCCUCAGAGAUUGAAACAGCACACCAUUUAUAGACUUUGAGAUCUCUUCCUGUGCAGAGCAUAAUUCCAUUAUACUAAAGCAAAAAUUUAAAAAAAAAAAAAAUCCUUACCAACAAACCAGAAGUUUUCAGUUUAUUGGUGGAACUGAAUUGAUGAUUUAUAGGCACUUAAGAUUUACUUACUUAUAGAAUCUUUAAAAAAAAAAAUUAGACACUGAAUUUUUAAAUUGUUCUACUGAGCAGAAGAGACCCCCAGCAAAAGCAAUGCAUUUCUGUCCUUACGGUAGACCUUAAAUGUGCUGUGAAGACAUUGCACUGCAGGAAAAAUUUGAUCAUUGGCACUUACAUUUUCACUGAUACAAUGAAACAUAUCCCUGCUUUCAGCAUUUUAGAAAUGCAAAACCUAAUUAUAUAUCAAGUAUAAACUUCAGCGUGAACUCCAAAGACUGGUUCUGAAAGCCACGUGAUUUCUUUCUUCUUUGUCUUGCUUAAUUACGUGGGGUGGGGCAGGAGUUCCGAGUGUUUUCGUACUGUCAUAGACUUUUGAGAUGUGGCAGGUCCACACCCAUCUAUACACGUCCCUGUGUUCUUAUAUUGGCUCAUCUAAAUGUUAAAAAAAUCGAAUACUGUCUUCUAAAAACAUUUUGAACCAGAGUUCACGUGCCACAUGUGUUCCCUGUGUUAACCAGCAGGGGGUAUUUGGGUUGCAUCCACUGCAGAUCUGUACAUGAUUUUUUUUUUUUUUUU